CAUUAUUUAAUUCUUUUUACAUAUAUACCCAAAAAAGCGUCUUUUUAUGAUGGGAAGAAGAAAACAUUACAUGGACGAUGGUGAUGAUUCUUCUGAUGAAGAAGGAGGAAGAAUAAGCUUUGAUAUUACAGAAAACGAUCUCAUGGAAGAAAUGGAAGGAUUUUCUGGAUUUCGUCGAAAACGAAGGCACACAGACGAUAGCGAUGAAGAAGAAGAAGAAGAUAACGCACGCAUCAGUUUAGGAUUCGGUACUUCUUUUCAACCUGCCAAACAAACAUCACAACCACAAACACCUAAGAAUGACAAACCCAUCAAGUCAAGAUCGGCUACUCCAGCACCUGAUCCCGGCUUUGCCGAAUUCAACAAGCAUUCUAAAGGUGUUGCUCUAAAAAUGCUCGAAAAGAUGGGUUGGAAAAUGGGCCAAGGUCUUGGUGCCUCUGGUGAAGGUAUUGUGAACCCUAUAGAAGUAAAGCAACGACCGAAAGGUAUGGGCUUGCAGUUCAGAGGGUUUGAUGAACGUACGGACCAAACAAAGGUCGAAGCCAAGUUGAAAAAGGGUGAGCCACUGUCUGACGAAGAAGAACUAAAACCCAAACGAGAAGCUUGGAAGAGUCAGAGGAAGCGAAAGCCAAAGGCAGUUUACAAGACGGCAGCAGAGGUUGUUGCCGAAAUACAACAACAACAACAACAACCAUUAACAUCACAAAAGGUGUUGGAUAUGACAGGACCAGGAAUUCGAGAAAUUUCGUUAGCAGAUAUCAAGAGAUCAGAUUCUCCCACCCUAAUGGAAACAACGACUCGAUUGCCAGAACUAAGACAUAAUUUGCGUCUGAUUGUGGAUCUGGCAAGAUCAGACCUGGAAAAUCUGUCUCGAGAGAAACAGACGACGUCGUUCAAGAUGACAGCGCUCAAAGAUGAGUUAGAUGCAAUUGGAAAAAGUAUGGAUAGCAAUAGAGAAAGAUUUAGAAAACUAGAAAAGAUCAAGGAAAUAGCUUCUGAUCUAGAAAGGAUUAGCAAGGAUGCCUUGGCAACAGGAGCUUAUGAAGCAGCAAGUAUCACGGCAUUAUUUGGAGAAAAGUUUGAUAUAUUGGAAAAAGAGUUUUCACUAGAAAUCAAAGAGAUGAACUUGGAUGCACUUGUUGUGUCUGUGUGGGCACCCAUUUUAAAAUAUCGAACAGUUCAUUGGAAUGUCCUGGAUGACCCUUCCUGGGGCAUAAGCGAUUUCAAACGCUGGAAGAGAUUAUUACCUAGCAACGAUGACGAUGAAUCAGAGUGGAGCUGGACAAGGAAUGGAAGAGUACCAAAACAAAAACUUAUUUGCACUCCUUUUGAGACAAUGAUGAAUACUGUCUGGCUUUCCAAGGUCCGCAGUACGAUCAAUAAUCAAUGGGAUAUACAUGAUCCUGAACCGCUUGUUCAGCUCAUGAGUGAAUGGGAGCCGGUGCUACCAAGGUUUAUAUUUGAAAACAUCAUUCAGCAAUUGAUAUUACCCAAGAUUGUCCAAGCUGUUCAAGACUGGAAUCCACGAACAGAUGAAGUGAUGAUACAUACGUGGAUACACCCCUGGCUGCCCAUAUUAAAGGCAUGGCGACUAGCUGACUUGUUUACAACCAUACGUCAAAAGAUGGCCAUUGUGCUAAGGCAGUGGCAUCCCUCAGAUGAAUCAGCGCUGCAUAUCAUCUUACCUUGGAAGGAUAUCUGGACGAGUGAACAAACUGAACAGUUUGUCCUCAGGUCCAUUCUACCGAAACUGACAAAUACAUUAAGAGACGAGUUCGAAGUAAACCCAAGGAAUCAGGAACUAGAUUCACUCGUCUGGUGUUUGGCUUGGAAAGACAUGCUGUCGCAAACAGUCCUAGGGCAGUUGUUAGAGAACGAAUUCUUCAAUAAAUGGCUACAUGUGCUCUUUCAGUGGCUCUCCUUGGACAUAACUCAAGUGAAUUAUGACGAAAUCAGAACAUGGUAUCUCUGGUGGAGACAACUCUUUGACUCAUACGGUCUUAAUACGAAUAGACAUGUCAUGAAGGGCUUCAAGGAUGGUUUGGAUCUGAUGAACAGAGCACUGAAUGAUGAACUUGGUAUAUAAAUUUUAAACACAGAAUAAAAAAAAAAGUUAGCCACGCG